AAAACUAUUUCACGCGCGUCGCUGAGUGACGACUUGACUUGACUAGCCGCGUUAGCCUUUUUCGCUAAAGUGAACACACAGUAAACGGUCCAACUACAGCCCGGUGGAAUGGUUAUAACACACAGAACAACCCAACAGCUGUGAAUAUGUCCGCGUGGAUAUGCUGUAAUUCGUGCUUUAAGUCUCCAGGACCGGACGUCCACCUGGCUCUGACAAAUUGUGGCCAUAUUUUCUGCAACAUAUGCUUUCGAAAAGGAAAAGAAGGCGAGUGUCUGAUCUGCAAAGCGAAAUGUCAGCUGUCUCUGCUCUCAGACAAAAGCAGCUCAGAGGUCAGAGCACUCUUCUCAGAUAUCAGCACUACUGCCGUCAAAUACCUCUCAGAGAUAAGCAAGGUCUUGCAGUUCCAGGCAAGACACCAGAAACGGUUACUAUCUCACUACCAACACAAGAGCGAAAAAAUGAAGGAGACUCUAAUCAAAAUGCACCAAGAGAUGAAACAAAUGUCGAAAAAAAUUACCGAGCAGAAGGCCUACAUAUCAAAGUUAGAAGUAGCUCUUCAGCAGCAAAGUUCCAGAGUGGGAUUACAGUCUAACAGGGAUUUGCAUACCUCCGGUCGUUUCAAACCAGGGUACUCAUCUUCUCCAACUUCAUCAGCGCCCUCAGUGACAAAAAUCCCCUACUCGUCUCCAGUGUGUCUGUCCCGCCACGCAUCCAGGACAAGCCUAACUGAAAACAUGGACAUUAACAGCAGGGCUUUUUCCAGUAAACCCUCAGUGCCUGGAAGCGUUUCCAGACUUUGUCUCAUCAGCCCACCACAAGAUGGCCGGAUAGGUACCAUUCACCACAGAACACCAAGUCAGAGCACUAUGGGUAGCCACUCCAUACAAAGUGCCGAUGUCAGUAGAGUGCUUUCCAGUAGCCUGAAGGAACCCACGUUGGCGUCCUCCAAUAACACACUGUAUCGCAGAGCAACGCCAUGGGAAACGCCCAUAUUCAAAACGCCCCCAGCUUACAAAUACCCCUCCAUGUCCUCUCUGGGACCUCGGCCCUGACAUAUUAUAGCGACGAUCUUAAAAUAUCACAAGUGACUACAGAACAAGGGGGCUAUUCUUGUACAGCUUUACUAUGAUGCUUCCCUGGAAACACAACAGAUUAAACCGAAGACAAGUUCUUGUGUUCAACCAUCUGCAGAAGGACAAGAAUAUACAUAUGCAAGCCUACGCAUAACAACUGUAGCAAUUUGUAGCUUCCCCUUUGCUCACACCACAAUAGUUUCAUAUUAGCCAAGGCUUCAGGGUAUGAUAUAAUAGACUUUAUGGGUUUUUUCUUCCCUUAAACGUCUGUGUUCGCAGUAAUCAAUCACAGACGUGGCAUGAGCGGGCUGUGAAUGUGGAUUUUAAUAUGAUGUAGUAUGAUUCAUUGCACGUCAGCCGCACCUGUGAAUCUGCACGGAGAGAGCGUUUUAUUCUCCAAACUCAUAAAUACCAUAUCACUGAAUCGUUUGAACCCUGUCGCGCGUUGACGAUUCGGCAUAUUAAAGUGAUGGCUUUGAUUCAGA